ACAAGUCCGACCUCACGUAUAUAGUCCCCCUCAUUUCCCCGAACAACGAGAGAGCACGACAUGGUCAAACAUUUACCGCCUGCAGUUAAACAACUUUUGACGCUCCGUAACCCGGAUGCUUGGCCAAGUCCCUCUCUCGGAAGACUUCAUAACGUGUUCAACCGCACCCUGAACGAGGCAAAACAGCGAAACGCUGAAAACGGAUGGCUCGUCCUCUCGACAUGCACACUCCUUACCAUCAACAGACCCUCUUCUGUUGGCCACUUGUAUCGGUUCGUUACCAGGAGUGAUCCCAGCUUGCCUGAAUCGCGAAAGAGCCUUGCGGAGGUCGUGUACAAAGCUGCCAUCAUGCGGGAAGCCGCACUAAAGAGCGUCAUCUUCGUUGGUGUACCUCGAACGAUUCUGUCCUUGACGGGGCUAAAGGACGCACUCGAAGAAGACGUCUACGCCGCGUUACGGAAGAACUCCAUCAGGGAAGCAACUCCGCAAUCCAUCGAGGCGACCGUCGCAAGGGGUCAGGCGCUAUGGAAUUCAAUUUACCAGCCUCACGCGGUGAAGCUGUAUAAUAAGUUGGGGGACCUUCAUCCUGAUUUCAUCACAUUUAUCAUUCAGGCCUAUGGUACGAUCUUGUCGCCGUUGCCGCGAGGGGACUUGGAGCAAGGAAACCUCACCCGCGCUCUUGGAUCAGUCGUCGGCAUCGCUACUCUCCGUGCUGAAACCAGAGUCGGACCUCAGCUGAUCAGCCACGUUUUCGGGCUUCUCAAGGCCCGCAAUGUGGAGAACUUGAACGAUGAAGACAAGUAUUUAUCAAGUGAUGAAGGCACCGAAUGGGUUGUACGUACCAUAGAUGAGAUUGUUGACGCCGUGACAUCAGAAGAGGUGCCCUUGGCAAAGGGGAAAUUGUAGAUACGGCGUCAUUUGGACUCAGAUUGUAUUAAAUCAAAUGACGGUUUGAUUAUGUCGCAUUAGCGCAAUGAUUGUGGGCGAUUGGUGGCACAACGAGGUAUACUUGCAUCGUGGACUUACACGUGAGUGCCGAAAAUGCGUGUUAUCGAUCAUCGGAAGAUGUCAAAGUCGCUGUUGAUGCUGCGCCCGGCUCGUUCGGAAGAAAAUUUCUCUCGAAUGAAAUGGAUAGCAUUACAUGUAUGGAAGAGUUCAACAAUGAUACGUACAAAGGGAAUAUGGGCCAAUUUACAGUGUGAAUAAGAUUGCUAACAUGCGUUAAAAAUGACAUCAAAGACCAAAUGCCUGGCAAAAUCGGUAUAGCAUCGCGGUCACUGUGACCGUGUCCAUGAUUGGGGGAUGCAU